AUGGUGUUUGUUAAAGAGGAGAGUGAGGAGAACAUGAUUGAACCAGAAAUCUGCAGAAUAAAACACGAGGAACCAGAAACAUGGAGAAUAAAACACGAGGAACCAGAAACCUGCAGAAUAAAACAGGAGGAACAAGGAGAGUGUAUAGAAGAAAGUGCGGAGAAUGAAGAAUUGAGUGAAGUUGAAGAGAAAAAUCAUGUCAAAACUGGAGAAAAACCUUUGAGUUGCUCUCAAACCAAACAGAAACAUUUAAAGAUAUCUUCCACCUGCACUCAGUGUGGGAAGAGUUUCACACGCAAAUAUAGUCUUAAGGAUCACAUGAGAGUUCAUACUGGAGAGAAGCCGUUCACUUGUAAUGAAUGUGGGAAGAGUUUCACAAAAUCAGCAAACCUUAAGGAUCACAUGAACAUCCACACUGGAGAGAAGCUGUACACAUGUGAUCAGUGCGGCAAAACAUUUUUGAGGGCCUCAGACCUGAAGAAGCACCUGAGAGUUCAUACAAAGGAGAAGCCACAUUCAUGUCAUUUGUGUGGAAAGAGUUUUUCACGUCUAGAUCAUUUGAAAGGACAUCAGAAAAUACAUACUGCUGUGAGAGAGCACAUGUGCGUUGAGUGUGGGAAGACUUUUAAAUCUGCAGAGUGUUUAAAACGGCACCAGAGGAUUCACACUGGAGAAAAACCUUACAGGUGUUCACACUGUGACAUGAGAUUCAGUCGGUCAGGAAACCUGAAAAGACAUGAGAGAAAUUACACUGGAGAAAAAAAACGUACAAGCGUUCACACUGUGACAAGAGAUUCAGUCGGUCAACACAUUUGACGUGUUGUUUGUAGUUUGCUUACUCUUUCAUAAAGGACAGCAGCUUUUUACAAACUGUUCUUAUGCAGGAAGCUGAAGAAGAGACUGUAACACUUUUAAAAGACUUCAUUGUUGUUUUUAAAACCACUUCUUCAAUUAUGUAUUUAUAAAACGCUGAUGCGGGAUAUACUGUCAUGUUGCUUUGCAACUGAUCCUCCUUUUGCUUCUUUUGUAAGUAUGGAUGGGUACCUGAACCCAGAAUUAAAUGAUCCCUGGGGCUAAAUUACGAAAGACCGCAGUAUCGAUAAGCUCUGAUGUUAUCUGUUCCGCUUUCAGAGUCGGAGAAAUUAAGAAAAUACACUUAUAAUUUAUUAAUGGUACAUAAACGUUUUCAAACUAAUUGUAUCUAGCCAACCAUUUCUAUAUGUGAUAAUAUCAGGACAUUCAUCUAUGAUGUGUUUUUCAUUAUUUGCAACCCAGAAGUGAGAUCUCCCUUGCACUUUAAAUCUGUGAGAUUAAUCUAAUUUUAUUUUGAGAUUGGCUUCCAAGGAUUAUAAAAACAAGAUGUUUGAGGCAAAUCAAUUAUUGUGCUCCAUUUCGUUUAGCAGUGCUUUUGUGAGCCCUGUGAACCUUGCCUUGUGUUGUCAAAAAUGUGUAUUCAUAAAUUGGAAAAAACGUGACGUUACUAGUUUACAUACUUGUUUGUUAUUGCCAGCCUCAGCGAUAAGAGGGUGCACACUUGGAACUUUUAGUAUAUAUCUCAUUCACUAUUUCAAUAAAGUUCAAUAAUGUUUUUUUUUCAUGCUGCUAAAACACUACACGCUGCAGUUUCAGGAUCUAAAUCUUUCCGUUAGUCUUUCCUGAAAUUGAAAUGAUUGACAGUGAUAAACAGGCAGAAUAAAAAGUCAUGUGUUUGUUUUUUAUUUUUUUACUGCCUUUUCAAUUAAUACUUUUAAAGUAAAGACUCCUUAAUUAAAAUAUAUUUGAGGGUUCGUACGGGUGCUUGAAAUCCUUGAAAACGCUUGAAUUUUAACAUAGUGUUUUCAAGGUUUGAAAAGUGCUUGGAUUUUGGAUAAAGUGCUUAAAAUGCUUGAAAAUGCAGUUGCAUUGGUUUCUUAUAAAAAAAAAUUCUUACGGAAUACUUAAUA